AUGGACCGAGCUAAAGAAAACUACAUCUCAGGACCCGGGAAGAUGACGGCUCCCGUUGGUGACGGUGCAAAGCGUGUCCUGGUGACCCCGCAGCCUCAGAACCCGCUGUGUGCCGGCAGCGGCCAGGCCCAGCGCGUGCUGUGUCCUUCCAACGCCGCCCAGCGUGCGCCCGCGCCCCCGCAGAAGGGCGUCCCCAGCCACAAACCGCUUCAGAAUCUGAAGCAGAAGCAGUUGCAGGCGACCGGUGCACCUCAUCCUGCCUCCCGCCUGCCGGGCAGCGCCCCCAAGAGCGCCCCCAAGAGCGAGCAGGCCGCGCCGCCAGCCCCCGGAAAUAAUCCUGAGAAGGAACUGCCAUCAAAACAGAAAAAUGAAGACUCAAAAAAGAGGCAGUGGACUCUGGAUGAUUUCGAGAUCGGCCGCCCGCUGGGCAAGGGGAAGUUCGGGAACGUCUACCUGGCCAGGGAGAAGCAGAGCAAGUUCAUCCUGGCCCUGAAGGUGCUGUUCAAGGCGCAGCUGGAGAAGGCGGGCGUGGAGCACCAGCUGCGCAGGGAGGUGGAGAUCCAGUCCCACCUCAGGCACCCGAAUAUUCUCAGGAUGUAUGGUUACUUCCACGACGCCACCCGCGUCUACCUGAUUCUAGAAUACGCACCUCUCGGAGCCGUCUAUCGAGAGCUUCAGAAACUGUCGAAGUUUGAUGAGCAGAGGACAGCGACCUACAUCACAGAGCUGGCCGACGCCCUGUCUUAUUGCCACUCGAAGAGAGUCAUCCACCGGGACAUCAAGCCUGAGAACCUGCUCCUGGGCUCGGCCGGGGAGCUCAAGAUCGCGGAUUUCGGCUGGUCCGUGCACGCCCCGUCCUCCAGGAGAACCACCCUGUGCGGCACCCUGGACUACUUGCCCCCCGAGAUGAUCGAGGGCCGGAUGCACGAUGAGAAAGUGGAUCUCUGGAGCCUCGGCGUCCUGUGCUACGAGUUUCUCGUUGGGAAGCCGCCCUUUGAGGCCACCACGUACCAGGAGACGUACAGGAGAAUAUCCCGGGUCGAAAUCACCUUCCCCGACUUUGUCACCGAUGGAGCGCGGGACCUCAUUUCCCGGCUGCUGAAGCACGCUCCCAGCCAGCGGCCCACGCUCAGGGAGGUUCUCGAGCACCCCUGGAUCACGGCAAACUCGACAAAGACACCCAGUAGCCAAAAGAGCAAAGAACCAGCUAGCAAAGAAUCUUGAGACUGGCAGGGAGACGCUCGCCCGGGCCGGCCCGCGACCGCCCAGCCCACAGUG